CCUCAGUAAUGCUGAGUACGCCGUGAGAGUGAGCUCUCCCUCUCAGAAACACUCUGCUGUUGGAGGACAGACAAGGCAAAAACCUAAUAUCAUGGAAGAGGCUGAGCUGCUGAAGGAGAGGCUACAGGCAAUAACGGACAAAAGAAGAAUCCAAGAAGACAUAGCCAAGAAAAGACGACAGAUUGAAGAAGAGAAAUUAAAACUCCAGUAUAUCAAGAAAAAAGCCUUGAGGAAUCAGUGGCUGAUGGAUGGGCUGAGUCAGCAGUCGGAGGAGGAACAGGAGGCCAUGAGGCUUCAGGCCCAAGAUGAGCAGCAGCAGAGUGAUCAGCUGCAGAGCAACAUCCUCAGAAUAGAAAAAGAGAUCGAGGAAUUGGAACAGAAAGAGCUUAGCAUCUCAUUCAAUGAAGAGAUAGUCCUGAAGCGGUUGAAAGAAGUGGAGAGGACACCUGAAGACAUUAUUAAGAAAGCUAUCUCAGUGGAUAAAGAGGCAGAUGAGGAAGUACUGAAAGAGCCUUGCAGCACAACUGAGAAUUACUUCAUCUCUGUCACCAUGGAAACAGCCGAACAAUCAAAGCUGGUGAUGGACUGUGGAAUGGAGGGGGCUGUGUCUGAUUCACCUGUGCAUGAAAUGGAUUUUAGCACUAGUGAUGAGCUUGUUGGCUUAAAGGCAGACUUAUCAGACUCUCAGGGAGCAAUAGUUAGCUCAUCAUUAAUCUAUGCUCCUACCAGCACAAGUCAGAUUGAUAACAGUACCUGCUUUGAAACUAGUCAUUGCACCCUGAUGCCCAUCAAGGAUGAAAAACAAAUAGAGCAAGUGCACGAGGAGCUCAAUAGGAAUGAGUCAAUCAACUCAUCUGUGUCAGACACCUUUUCCAGUGCUGACAGUGUUUAUGAGAAUGAGGCCCACCAUAAGAGGCUAGACCCACGAGAGCAAGAUCCUGAUGAGGAACAUGAGUCAGAGCAGUGUGUCGAGCCAGAAAAAGAGCCAGAACCAGAACAGUAUCCAGAGCCAAAGGAAGACUGUGGUAUGGUGAACAUGUCAGAGCAAGGAGCUGACCCAGAGACUAAGGAAGAUUUUGAAAUGCCAGAUUACUCUGAGCAUGAGCAAGACCUUCAACCCAAGCAAGACCCUGAGCAUGAGCAAUACUCUGAACUUGACCAAGAUCCUAAGCUGGAGUUGUAUGGAGAACUUGGACCUGAGGGAAGAGAUAUUAAUAAUUUAGACGAUGAUCAAAAUCUAGCAGAAUAUCCAGAUGAAGGUCCAGAGGCCGAUGAAAUCCUGUUUGAACAACCUUUUCAUGAAGAGUCCCCAUUAGAGCAGUGCAUAAGAGAAGAGGCAAUGUCAGAUGUGUCAAAUGAGUCCUACCAUAAUCCUGAAGAUAUCGAUGAAUGUUUGAGAGUUGAGAUUGCAGCACCUUCCUCAGAUAGUGAUACAGAUGAAAAAUGGAGAGCCAUUUUCUCCUCUUCCAUAAACAGAGAAGAUGAUGACUCAUAUUUGGAUAGUCUUCAACUGAGUGCCCAAGAACUCUUUGUCCAAAAGGUUGAGGAGACAGUUUAUAAUAAUCAAGAGAGCAGCAACUUUGAACAGGUUAUUAUUGAGGUCCCGAAAGUACCAGAAGUUCUGGAACAACCUGAGAUUGUAACUUCCUCUCCAAUGCCUCUACAAGAGGUUAAAUACAGCCCAUUCAUCCUUCAAGGUUUGUCAAAAAUAUCUGAAGAUGAGAGUGAAAGCUACAGAGAUGCCAAUCAUAACCACUCAAAACUCCAAGAGAACAACAGUUUGGACUCAAUCAAGAAGCUACCCAAAGACUUCUGUGUAAUUCAGGAGACAAAGAGUGAAAAUGUUAGUACGGAACAUGUAGACUUCCAGCUAGCUCGCAAACAAUGGCGUGAAAUGGAGGAACAAAUGAAAAAUAAGAUUGUCUUACCAACAACUAAGCAGUCAACCCUCCAAAGCAGCCUCAGCUUCAUGUAUACACCAGUCCGCAACAUUGGAAGAACUCCCAAAAAAGCGAGGGAUCUGGAGAGUUUAAACCUAGUUAUGGAUUAUUCCCACACUCAAUUCAGCCCUUGCUCAGAAGAUUCUGGCCUGGAAGAUUCCAGUUACAGGUCCCCUUCUGAUGAUGCCGAAACACCAAUUGAAAGGGAGAUUCGUGUUUCAAUGGAGAGGGAGGAAAACUUGAAAAGAGAACGGGGACUUGCCAGGAUGGGAAAAUCAAUGGAUUGUGCUCCGUCACAUAGUAUUCCUCGAUCCAAAAGUACUCUACUGACUCCAUCAUUUAUUAUAACCUCCUCACCAACAAAAGAACCAGUGAGACAUGAAGUGUCUGCAAACAGCGUCAUAAUUUUAGACCCAAGAAAUGAUUUCACCUCCAGCCCGAAAGGUGGCAAAGACAACACAUCCUCUGGGUCUGGAGAAUGGCACUCUGAGGAAAAUAGUUCCAAUCUAAUUCUCCUUGAAACCUCCAAUCUGAUCAUACGAAGUGCCUCUGAGUUCUCCCUGAACAAAGCCUGCGAAGAGCCCCAGGAAAAAAUGUUCCUCAACAACCCCUUCUUCAAACUACGUUCAAGAAGCACAAUAUCCCUGGUAGAUGAAGAGAUAAGGAUGGUGAAGCAGAGGGAGGAAGAGCUCAGGAAGGAGAGGGCCAACCUUUAUGGUAAAGACAUGUUCAACACAGAAACUGGUCUGGCAAAUCGCAUGGACACUUUGACAUUUGAUACCAUAGGUAUUGUACCAGUUAAGUGCAAGUCCUCUCCAUCAUCACCAAUGAAAACAACCCACAGGAUGGAUCGUUCUGCCUUAUCCUGUGAUCACAGGUAUCCUGAGGCCUACACUGGAGGAAGACGGAAGAGUGCCAUGGCUCUGCGCUGGGAGGCAGGCGAGUUUACAAAAAUCAACUAAAAUGGAAGAAGUUGCCAUUUUGCCAAUUCGAGGGCAACAGUUGAUGUUUUCAUUCAAGUUAGAUGCAUUUAUUAUUGUUAUUUGUUACAUGUUGGGUCAUAUCCUAAAUUUUGCUUUUGUGAUGCUUUAGAAAGCCAAUGAGAAUGUUUGGACAAGUCCAUUUUUUAACAUAAGUCCAGUUUGUACAGUGUAUCAACUGAAUUAGAGGAGGUUUUGGUUAAAGGUUGUACAUUAUUUUCACUUAACACAGUUCUGUAAUUUUCCAAUAACAUCUGAAUCAGCAGAGGUGGAAAGAGGACUAAAAUCAUUUAUUAAAAUAAUGAUUACUUGGAGAACCUAAUGUCCAACUAAUCUUCAAACAGUUUACAAAGUCAAGGGCCAACAAUCAAAUUAAACUCCCCAAACAUUUAAAACAUUUGGGGCAUAUGAUUUGUUAUUUUUGUGAGGACUAUUAUGUGGUGACCAACUUACAAUAUACAAUAUGUUCAGUGACGCACCUGGCUGCUAGUACAAAAUUCUAAAACCAUGUACUUAUAUGUUGUUUAAAGUUCCUACAAGCACACGGUCUUAAAAGGCAACGGUCUUCUUCUGUUGCAGCAACAUACGUUGGUCCUGUAAAUUAGAAUGUUGUUUAAUAUAGAAUAAAAUAAUUAGAAACAGAAAUGUACAACCUUAAAGCUCAUUUUCAAAAAGAUUGGACCAUUACUUUAAAUUCCACCUUUAAUGUCCAGCAUAAAUAAUCAGCUACUGUGCACAAAUUGCUUGUUUGCUAAUUUUCAUAAAGCAUGAAGGCAACCCUUAGCUGAUUCCUUAGACUUUGGCAAAAGUAUUUCCCAAUCAAAAAAUGCUAAUACUACAAAAAAAUUUAAUUAUUGUAAACAUUGUAUAAAAAUUAUCAGGGCUAAUUAUCAAAUAUGUUUUAUUCAUAAAUAUACUGAUACCAAUACUUUUUACUUGUAAUGUGAUGAUCAUUGAAUAAUUUUGUGAUUUUGCUGUUAGUUGAUUAUGAUAAAACACAUCAGUUUGUAUGUAGGAGUCUGCAGAGUGGUUUGCAAUGUUGCCAAAUUAGCACAUUUGUUGCUAGAUUUUCAGACCCCCAUUUGACAUUCAUUCAAAGAAAUCACCUAGCAGCAAGUCUAGCACGUUUUUGGUAAACCGUGACUGAGGUGAAUCUGUUAGCACACGCAGCAACGGGCUAGAACAGGCUGCCGAGCGGUUCUGGCAGCACGGAGUAGAACUGGCAACGAGCUGAGCAUGUGCAGAAAAAACUCUUCUCCCAGUUCUUUGUCGACUCACAGAGUUUUUGUUUAUUCUGGUGAUGAUAUAACUGUUUAAAUUUUACUAUGAGCAAAAACAUAGCAGACCAAAACAGAAAAAUAUACAGUGAUAAUAAUUAAUAAUUUAGUGCAAUAAACAAAAACAACUACUGAGUCAAAAUGUAAUUGGUACUGCAGGGUUGAAGCUUUUUAUUAGUAGAUAUAAUUUUGGCAGCUUUAGGACCGUCUUUCUUGCCUUUCUUUAUAAACAAAACCAGAAAACAAAAACAUAAUAGCCUACACUUUAAAUCAUAGUCUACAGUUUCGGAUUUCCACACUAUGAAAUAAAAAGUAUUGAUUUUUUCAUUCUAGUAUCGAUCCGAUACUCACUUUGGUAUCAAUGCUAUCAAUAUUUAGAUACACCCACCCCUAGUGGUCACUGAUGACCCUCCUAUUAUCCUCCCCAACAGUUGAGUGCAACAGGGUCACAAAAACUUCACUAAAAUUUCUGUUUUACUAAUUAUGAAAUAUUAGGUUAUUGUAGCAACCUCAAUGUGUCAACAUUCUCUAGUCUGUACUAAAACAUUCAUUUAAAAUGUUAGGUUGAGGCCAAAGCUAGUUAGCAACAGAAAUCAAGCAAGAUGGCUUUUGUAUACAAGUCGUCCGUUUCGUACCAAAUAGCGUGUUUCUGUCUCCACCGUGACUGUGGUAACGCCUGUCUUGGCUGUGGUGACUUAAAUCCUUUUCAGUGGUGACUUGAUUAUUUAUGUUUACAAUAAUUACUGUUCUAGCAUGGCUUGUAAAUUUCAUUUUUAACUAAGCAUAAAAUGUUGUGUAGGUUCAAUGUGGAGUCUGUUGAUCAUUACACAUUAAGUUGAUUUUCAUUGAGGUCAGCUUCAGUAGAAGUUUAGAGGGUCUGUACUAGUGUAGUGCAUGGAUGGAGAGCUAGCAGCAGGCGGUUAGCUUCUGCAGCCUUAGCUUCAGAACUACACAUUGGUUUACAAGUCAUCACAAACCAGAACACAAGAUUCCACAUAAUUACUUCAUUCUCCAAGUACAAAUGAAGUCAGGUCUCCACAGCAUUAAACUUUUCAUGUAUUUCAUACAUGAAAAGGCAACACAUGCUAACAAUAGGUCAAAGUACUCAUCCAAGACUAUGGAGCAGUAUUCCCAUUUUAUCCCAUGUUGUUGGAGGUGCACAUUCACAAGGCAGACAACAGUGGAAUUUCAACCAAACAAAACAGGAAAAAUCAUUGCCAUGUCAGCAGACUGCAUUCCCAGUCUUCCUUUCCACAGCUACCUUUGAACAAUGUGGACAGAAACAGAAUCAGUUUGUGGCCUCAAAACUGGGCUUCUAGUAGCAACACAUGGCAUGCACAGUAACAUUCUCCAGGCCAAAUCUGGUUGUUUAGGUCUUCGACAAUAUAAAGCAAUGUAAACACUGUAGCAAUUUACAGAAUAUUUCAUACAGUCUAUAUUACAUUGUUAAAUUUUCAUGUAAAAUAGCCAGAAUUAGUGUAGUUUAAGAUUAGACAUGUCUAUCAGCGGACCUAGACAUGCUGUUAUUUUGGUAAAUAACACAGCUAAAUUAUGUCUUUAACAAUAAAACAUCCCAAGGUCAUUUUAAAGUCUUUCCAAAAGAAGGAUAAGUGGCUUUCCAUCUCUUCCCCUCAUAAAUUAUGAUUUAUGCAUCCAUCAGAACUCUAUCAUGUGACCUUCCUGCAAUAGUGAUGUCUUGUUAACUAAAAACCUGCCCUAUCUUUCUAACAACUACUGUGUACAGCUUUAUUUCACAGGGAAGCUGUGUCAUGAUUGUGAUUGUUCGCACCUCUGCCAAUGUCCCAGGAUGCAUUGUGGGUAGUGGAUGCGUAUUUUGAUAAGUCUUGUCAUUGAGCAUUGGUUAAGCAGGAUUAAUACAACAAAAGAGGGAAUAGGCGCCACCCUAUGGUGUUGAAUAGUCUGACACCACUGUGUCUGUUGCAGGGUUCACUGUCAUCAUAUUAGAAGAUGAAUCUCCAGCUUUCUUGUGAUUUCAGUUCAUUAUAAUCUGCCACUCAGUUUCUGUGUGUGGAGCCCCCCUAUUAUACUUUAUAAUAAUGUAAUAUGAUUUUAAAUAUCACUAUGUCCAAGAUUUAAAAUGACUAGGCUGAAAGCAAACUGAUGCAUUAGAGAGUAGCUAAUCCUAAACCUCCAGUGGAAUUCAAGUGAGUUAGAGUGAAGUGAGUAGUUCUCUUCCUUCUCUGUAAAUCAGUAGACAUAGCUGGAAAGCUCUCUCUCUCACUCACUCUCUCUCUCUCUCUCUCUCUCUCUCUAUAUAUAUAUAUAUAUAUAUAUAUAUAUAUAUAUAUUUAUAUACACAUUCCAAACAUGAAUUUUCCAGUCUGUUUAGGGUUUUACUCUUAGAGCAUAAUAACAAAAACUAGUCAUAAAAACUAGUCACUUUAAAAAGGAUAAGAGUGCUAAGCUUGUGUGAUGGAAAACAUUUCCUAACAGCAUAUCCCAGUGCGAUCUCUGUUAUCUCUUGCCUGCUAAUAGUCAGAAAACCUAAAAAGGUUUAAACCAGCACUGAAAUGAGGAAACACAGGCUAAAAUAAAUAUUAUAAUAUAAAUAAAUAUAUAGUGAAGUGAGUUCUUGAUUGCUGUGAUGAAACUGUGCAGCAGGCACCAAUCUGAAAACAUUUUGUGUUUUGUGUCUCUUGCAUUGAGCUUUACUUCUCUUCUAGUUUUACUCGGAUCAGGUUUACAUUUCAUGACAGUUUUUUUAAAAAGUGUAUGGAAAUUUCUCUAGAUUAAAUAUGUCUUGAUCAAUGGAGGAUGAUUUGGUGUUUGUUAAUGUAAUCCUCAGGUGAAAAGGUUUCAGCAAUAAGCUUGCAGAAACAUUUGUUGCUUCUCAUCAGUCUGGGUGGGGUUAGGGAGAACUUCAUUGCAGAGGAAGGAUUGCCAAGAGAAAGCCUCUUCUCUCAAAAACAAUACAGCAGUGCACCUGGGGCUUGUAGCUUUGCAUUUGAAUGAACCACAACACAAAGUAAAGAUGUUUUACCAUAAAUCCAGCACUUUAUUCGGCAAAAAGUAUGAAAAAUAGGCUCCUGUUGCAACUACAUGACCUGAGAACCUUGCAGUCACUGAAUGGCCCAUGAACACCUCUUCAGACUGUAUUUUUGAGUCAAGUGGCUGAGCCUGUCUGCAUGGUAGCGCAGUUGGUAGCACUGCUGCUUUGCGGCAAGAAGGUCCUGGGUUUGACUCCCAGCUGGGAGGUCUUUCUGCAUGGAGUUUGCAUGUUCUCCCCAUGCAUGCGUGGGUUCUUUCUGGGUACUCCAACUUUCCCCCCUCAGUCCAAAAACAUGACUGUUAGCUCAAUUGGUCUGAGGUGUGAACCCUGUCUCUUGCCCGUAGGCUGCUGGAGCUAGGCACCAGCUCCCCCUGUAUGCAAGAAGUGGGUAUGGAAAAUGUAUGGAUGUGGUUAUGGAAAAUCGAGGUGUUGCAAUGACCGCGGUCCAUCUGGUUAAAAUGCUGUGCUGGGACCAAGAGAGUAGAUAAUACCCACAAACCUCAAUGACUAGAAGCAAUGUUGUUUAGAAGAGUAGGUUAAAAUACCCUCACAAUGCUAUAAAGGACUGAUCCAGGUUUACACAUCCUACUUCAAGUAACUGCUUAAGGCUGCUCUACAGACUCCAUGUGUCUUGGGUUGUCCUUAGUUUUCUUCAUGACAGAUUUGAAACUGCCUUUUCUUUUCCUCUGCUGUAUUUUACCACUAACAGAGAAUCUGAGACUGGAAACAUUUGCUGGCUUUUGCUGAGAUUCUGAAUGUAUCUAAAUGUAAUGUAGAUUUAUUCUUGCUAAGCUCAGUUUUGAAAAUAUAUUUUGGUGUCACUAUCUGUAUUGAUAAAGAAAAUGCUACGUUAUGUUGCUCACUCUAUAUUAUAUGUAUUUUUGUACAAUGCUUCAGCUGGGCGGACAUAAGGAACAUAAAGUGCAAAAUGUUUGGAGUCUAAAAAAUCUAUAGAAGAGAUAGACAUUUAAAAAAGAUCUUUAUAAGAACAGUUCUGUUAAGCUUAAUUUAAAGGACAAAUUUACAAUAAAGGUCACUUUAAAGGAGUUUACUGAGAAAGUAAAGAAGUUACCGAGUGCAGAGCACUUCAUUUUAAACGCAGUUCAGUUUAGUAUAGUUAAAUUCAAAAAAAUAGUUUCUUACUUAAGGAAAAUUUCCAGAUGGGAUGAGAACAGGUCCAGCAGACCUGGAGGCAGUUUUUCUAAACCACCUGGGACAUGAAAUGACAAGGCAAAGACACAGAUACACAGAAGCACUGAUCCAUACAGGCUUUCUGUGGAAAUGAUGGAAAAACACAAAAACUGGGAGCAACAGUAGCAGAGGUAAUAAGUACAAAAGUAGAGUUGGAGAACUAAACAUGAAGCUUACUUGGAGAAGUCAGGAUAAUCUAUAAACAUCCAGAAACAUACUUAAACAGGUGUAAAAAGUGCAGAUGGUGUCGAUUGAAGUUCUGGAAUCUGUCUGAAAGCAAACUGCAAGGUUUGGAUAACAUGAGGUCAUGAUACAUUUAAUUUCAAAUCUUAUGAUAUAACUUCCAGUCAAGCACUUUCUUUUUGUUCUUCGUUCUAUAAUCUUAUUGGAAUAAUCAAGAGAGAUCAAAACAUCUAAACUCCAGCUGCACCGUUUGGUAUAUUUGGGACCUCUCAAGCAAGAAAGAAAGAAAGAUCCCAGUUUUAAUUCCGGCUCCUCCUAAAAGCGUUCCAUAAAGUCAGAGUGGGUUGUGGUCUUAACAGCUGUCUGCCCCAAAAAGAUUUGCUUUACGUUUUGUUUGUAGGCUUUAGAUGUUGAAACUGCAGCUUUUAAAUCUCAAGCAGUGCUUGUUGAUGUUUAUAAAAUGUGUGAAUAGUCCCUGUUGUGGUUUUUAGAGCUAAUUGGGAUCUUUAUGAAGAAAUAUGCAGGGACUAUUCACUGUGGAUUUCUCCUACUGUGUUUUAAAGAGAUUUGUGCAACAAUAAAUACAUUUUAUGUGAAGAA